ACCUCCUCCUGCCAGACUCCCAGGCCAAACAGCGUCGCCAUACGGAACAUCCUGCCCUUAACAGAGAGGGGGAGGAGAGAGAGAGAACAGAGAGAGGGUGAGACCAUCUCCGGCGGCUCCCGGUACUGACGCGAACACUCUCAGAGGAGAAGCUCAUCUCCGGAGCCGCGUGGUCACUUGGAUUUAACCACCGGAUGGUCGGGACGGGCGGCGCGCUCUAAAGUUGGACGGACCUGCGCGAGACUCCGAGAGCUUCCACCUCCCGCCUCCGAACGCAGCUCCCCGAACCCCCGUGAAGGCAGCGGCGGCACCGGGAGGCUGUUGCCCGCCACCACCGCAGACCAUGAAGCUGCCCUGGCUGUUCGCGCUGACGGCGUUGGUGGCGCACGUCGCCACGGGACAGAAUUGGUCGCCGCCCAUCGAUGACGAAGGCUCGACGAGAGAUGACUUUGAUGACGACGACCUCUACUCUGGAUCCGGUUCUGGAUUUCCAGAUAUUGGUGUGAGACCGACAUCAGUGGUCGUCAGAUUCACCACAGAGGAAGCCCUGAUCCUUUCUACCACCCAGGCCACUGGCCCCGCCCCCUCUGCCUCACCAGCAGCCGAGCCGAGACCCAGCCCGGACCCCACCACCUCCACCACCGUCCUGCCGACAGAAGCCGAUGGAGAGAGCGGCGCGUACUGGGAAAGAGAAAGGGAGAAGGAGAGGGACCGGCAGAGAGAGGUAGAGAGGCAGUUGGAGAGGGAAAGAGAGAGGGAGAGGGUCCGAGAGAUGGAGAGGGAGCGGGAGAAGGAGCGGGAACGAGAGAGGGAACGGGAGAGAGAACGAGAGAAAGAAAGGGAGCGAGAGAGGGUCAGAGAGAGAGAACGGGAGCUGGAGAGAAUCAGGGCUGCAGCUGCGGCCCAAACCACCGCUGCUCCCCGGACCUCAACUGCACUUCCUUCCCUGACCACCUACCCUUCAGGUAGCGGUGUAGAGACCACAGAGCCCCCUGGUGGCUCGGAUGACCUGAGCACCACAGAGGAAGACGAUGACGUCUACCUAUCGCCCGAACCCUCACCCUUCUACCCGGGCUUUGACAUGGAGACCACAACAAAGGAAGACGUACCCACGACAACAGAGCCCACCACAAGACCUACGACACCCCCAGCUACCACCACCACUGUAGUCACUACCCCGGUCAAGCCCAGGGUUCCGUUCAGACCGAGGGUUCCCAUGACAACAGCCACUCAGACACCACCACCAGAGAAGCCCACAUCUACGAAGCUGGCCACGACCACACAGGGUCGCGCAGAGGAAGCCAACAAUGAGGUGGGAGCCUCCGGGCCAAGCGGUGAUUUCGAGAUCCGUGAUGAUCAGCGCAAUGAUCUGGGCCGUGGAAUGGUGCCGGCGGAUCCUGAUCUGAUUGGCAACACGGUGGACGGAGGAAGUUCUGCUGCUCAGCUACCACAGAAGAACAUCCUGGAGAGGAAAGAGGUUUUAAUAGCUGUUCUCAUUGGUGGACUACUGGCCCUGGUUUUCGCCGAUUUCCUGGUCAUCGCGGUGAUCGUCGGCGGGGUGGUCGGCGCCCUCUUUGCCGCCUUCCUGGUGAUGCUGCUGGUCUACAGGAUGAAGAAGAAGGACGAGGGGAGCUAUACGUUGGAGGAACCCAAACAGGCCACCGUCACCUACCAGAAACCAGACAAGCAGGAAGAGUUCUACGCGUAAUACUCGAUCGCCAGAGAGACGCCACGCGCACCCAGAGGGCAAGAAAGAGUGAGAGCGAGAAGAGAGAGGCCUCGAAAACCCGUCCUCCUCAUCGCUCCCCCCUUCAUCUGCUCUCCUCUCCUCAUCCCUGUCUCUUCUAGUCUCCAAAACACUUGAGAGCGACUUCCUCUCUGCGGACUCGGAACUGUCUUUUCAAAGAAAACAAAAAGAGGACAAAAAAAAGAAAAAACAAGCAAAUAUAUUCAGAAAAAAUAACACAUACACACGAGCUGUUUUUAAAGUAAAUGUUGUUAUUAAUAUAAUACAGAUUCUCCUGUUCUGUACGUGAUGACGUUAUUUUGUAAAAAAAAAAAUGAAAAAAAAGAGAAAAUUAAGCAAAACAAAACACGAGCUCGUAACCUGAGUUUUCCAGCACAUUUUUUUUUUUUUUUUCUUGGUUUUAUGGAGCGAGUGACAAAAGGAAGAGGUGAGGAGGGGGGCGGGGCAGGCUGGGCCAAACACAAAAAGUUGGUGGGCUGAUUCCUCACCAGCCCCCCCUCCUCUCCAUCUAAAAAAAAAAAAAGAAAACAAAGAGCGUCUGGUUGGUCACACAGAGCCCAGGGUCAAAGGUGAGAGGAAAGGUCUCUUUUGUGCCUUCCGUCCCUCUGGUGCUCACAGACACACAUUCACACGCCCACAGAGAAAUCACACAGUCAUGCCGACGUGCGCACACACACACACACACACACACAUACGGCUGUCCGGCGGUGGCUCUGACCUCUCUCUCUGUGCUCGGCCAACCAGAAAACGGUGCUCGACCCUUCAAACACACAGCCGGCGGCCGUCUGCUCCUCUCAGCUGUACAAAGACUAGUUACCGAUAGUAAUAAUAAUCAAUAAUAUAUCAAUGUGUUCAGCUGGAUGGUGAAUAAUAAUAAUAAUGCCAUGAUGAUGAUAAUAAUAAUAAUAAUAAAGGAGGAUGUGUAUUUAGCAGUUUAAAAAAAAGUUUAUAUGUAAAUAUCAGCAUAUUCUUUCUGGCGUCACUAACCUGCAUGACCAUGAGACCGAGUUUUUAUUCGUCACAUCUGUCAUCACGUCUGAUGAGCUGCGCUCUCGCCAGCGACACACACUCAAACAUAUGGAGUUGUUUUAAUGACUGUGCGAUCAUGGCUCUGUGCUACAUUGCUAUAUUGCCAGUUCCUUGUUUGUAGUUUGUACUCUCAGCUGUCUGCCCACACGUUUGUCUUCGCUCCUGAAAUCCUUUGCGUUUCAGUCUCGGCACCAGUGACUGAACUCACAUUUCAUCCAACAAAAGUUUGUUUCGAGCCGAGCUCACCUUAAAGAACACGAUGAAUAAUGUAGCAAGAAGUAAAGAGCUAGCAGUUAGCGCUAGGGAUUUUACAACUUUAUGUCAAUCUCUUUUAAAUUCUUAUUUUGGCUUUGUUUCUUAUUACUCUAUUUUUAAAUCGCUAUAAGCAACACCUUAUGUUGAUGAGAAUUUACACGAUGGUCGCGUGAGGAGAAUGCUACAUUGAACAAGCGUUUUGCUAGCGUUACAUGCAAUAAACAAAAGAGAGCGUACAAAACAAUACAAUGAUUUUUGUACUUGAAUGAGGUUGUGUCUCAAGUCAGUAGAUUGUUCACCUCAUCGCUAUCAAAAAAACAUUUCAGCGCUAAGCCUGUGCUGGUCAGGAAAUGUGUACGCAAGUCUUCAGUGUGGACAGAAUGUGUGAGUUUCUAGAGCAGUUUGGAAUAAUCCGGGUCAAUAAGACAACUCCAUACCAACACACACGAUCAACAGACUUUUUAUAAUGUGAAUCGCAUCUUCAGUUGCCGUCCAGUCCAUGUUAGCAGCGAGCUGAUGGAUCAGCUGGUGGUGGGUUAAGAGUUGGGUCUGUUUAUGUAAAAGCACAAGCGUGUGUCCAGCCAUCGUCCUCAGCGUCUCCCCCGGACACUUGUUGCAUGCCUCGCUUUCUUUUCCAUCCCACCAUGAUUGCUAGAAAAGGGGCCUCUGGCGAGCGAGAGGGGCUCCAACACAAAAAAAAGGAGUGUGAAUCUGAACUGGAUGUGGAUCCCAUAUGCCUUAAUUUGGUUGAUAUGGUCAUUUGUGUCCGUAAUAUUUGACUCUGAUUGGUUAUCUUCAAUUUGGAGCCUGUGGGGUCGAUUGUCACACUCAUUUGGGGUGGGGUUUAGA